AUGCGCUGCCCCUCCUGCAGCAAGCGUUUUAAGAAUGAGGGACGCUUUCUGCAACACCUGAAUCAGCCUUCUUCUCACUGUUACAAGUGGGAUGGUAACCUAGUUCGCAUCUUAAGACCAGCACAAGCUCCAAGUCCUCAAUUUCCUCUCCACAACGACACGGACCCGACCUUUGACCCGGAGUAUAUGGACCAUGGAGUUGAUGCAGACACUGGAGCGGAGUAUGGGUCUUCAGGCUCGCAGGCAGAUUACGGUGAAGAAGUGGAGUUUUAUGACGGUGCAGGCAAGACGUGGGGUGUUGGGAAGACUUUCAUGGACCAAUUCAACGAGGAUGAAUAUGCUGCAGAGAGGGAGCAAAACCAAUACUUUCCUUUCGCUAGCAAACCGGACUGGGAGAUGGCAUCGUAUAUUCUUCGGUCCGAUCUUAGCAUGGCCGAAAUCGACGAGUACCUCAAUCUUGAAUUUACCAAAACACUCCCGUUGUCAUUUCGCUCUUCGCGAGAACUCCGAGGAUGUGUUGAAUUGCUCCCAGCUCCCCCUCAAUGGAAGUAUCAAAAAAUCACUACCGAGUUUCCAACGACAAAAACCCUUCAAAUAUUUUAUCGGGACGCAAUCGAGUGCUUGCAGUCACUUCUCAGUCACCCACUGUUGGCCGCCAGCUUUGAUUUCAUCCCAUGCAAGGUUUACGAGUCUGCCGAACGUGCGGUUCGAGUUUAUCAUGGUUUCAUGACAGGCGAUCAUGCUUGGAACCUUCAGAAAGACCUACCUGAAGGUGCAUCCCUCCUUGGUGUAGUCCUCUCCUCGGACAAGACCAAGGUCAGCAACAUCGCUGGCAACCGUUACGCGCAUCCACUUCUUGUUAGUCUCGCCAAUAUUGAUCCUGGAGUGCAUGCCAAAGGCUCCUUACAUGCAUAUAUCCCACUUGCUUUGCUUCCUGUUGCAAAGUUCUUGCACAGGAACAAGCGCAUGCAUGGGGUUCUCGCAGACCGUUUACUUCACCAAUGUAUCGACCUCGUUGUUGAGCCAUUGAAGCAGGCUGCCCGUCUUGGCGUUAUGAUGAGUGAUCCACGGGGUUUUAGCAGGUAUUGCUUCACCCCCCUCGUUGCUUAUGUCGCAGAUACUCCGGAGGAACUUGUAAUUGCAUGCGCCACUAUGAACUCAUCGCCUGUCACUAUGGCUACCCGUGAAGACUUUGGAGACCCAAUCCGACACCCUCCUCGUGAUGGAUCAUCAACCCUUGCCAACAUUGCAGCGAUUAUAACAUCUAUCUCACCUUCCGAUCUCAUCCCGUUCUUCGAGGCAUGCAAACGCUACAAUCUAAACGGUGUUGACUUGCCAUUCUGGAGGAAUUGGCUUACCGCAAAUCCUUCCUCCUUCCUCACUCCAGAACUACUUCACCAUCUCCAUAAAAUGUUCUGGGACCAUGAUCGUCUCUGGUGCACAACAGUGGUUGGCUCGCAGGAAAUUGAUUUUCGUUUUGCGCUCCUCCAGCCACCGGGCGAGACCAUCGCAACGUUCAAACGGUAUAUCGUUGGCGUGAUUGCUGGUGCUGCCCCUGCCGACUUCAUAUCUGCUAUUCGGGCCCCUCAUUGGAGUUUAGAUACCUCGCUCAAGCCCCGCAUUUCACCGACAAGCAAGUGUCUAUCGUUGACGCUGGUGCUCGGCGGGGGAAGGAAGGGGGGUGGGGAUAAGCCAUGGGCGAUUCCAAAGCUCGAGCUGCUGCAGGGGGUAGUGCCCAGUAUUUGUUCACACGGCGCUGUCAUGCAGUGGUCUGCAGACCCCACUGAACAUGCGCACAUCAAGGUUGUGAAGGAGCCAGCGAGGGCAGGGAACAAUCACGACUACGACGCGCAAAUGCGUGCACAGGAGGACCACGAAAGGGACGAAGACAACGAGGGUGGUCUUGUCCAGCAUUUGUCAAGGACUACUUUGCUUGCGCGCGCGACCUCAUUAAUGCUUGCUGCCGCUAUCGACGAGUACAAGACCGGUACUUACAAGCAAAUGAAAUUCGUCGCCGAUUUAUAUCAACCCAUCUACAACAGCGUCAUUCAGCUCUACCAUGAUGUGCAGAAGGACCACUAUCAUGCAAAGAAAUGCCGGGCCGCCAGAAAGAAAUGGGCUCGUACUGCAGGAAUCCUGACUCGCGAUGAUCCAAACAGGCGCCAUGACUGGGGCUUGAAACUCCAACUGGACUGA